AGAGAGAGAGAGAGAGAGAGAGAGAGAGAGAGAGAGAGAGACUAAAAUUACUUGAUCAGUUGAGGGCUCUGUCGGCACAGGAAGGAAUGAGUGGUGGCUGCUGUUUCUCUCACGGGGUCUAAACUCAGGCACCGCUCUAAUUUCUGGAAUAUAACGCAUCAAAUGAUUGGAAAGUAUAAUAAACCAAUGCAUUGAAAUGGGUAAACUUCCUUCGAAACAUGCUGUCGUUUGUAAACCCAGAGAAAGCCCCGAAGGAGACAGUUUCGUAGUCAGUGCUUGUUUGGCUCGGAAAGGAAUUGAAGAUUGGAUUGCUCGACAGAAGUAUUACUGCAGCUCGGCACACCAGCAUUCGAGCUGUCACAAGAGCGCGUGCAGUACGACUAAAGUGUCCAGCCGGGACCCCGCAGGAGAAGCGUGCCUGGAGACUCUGGGUGAUGAGCACUAUCACCUAGAAGUCGCCCUCCCCCCGGAGAAGACGGCUAGCUGCUGCAAUGAUGAGAAGAAACUGGGGAAGGAAAGCCACGCACACAGCGGCUCCAGCAAACAACUCAAAUUGGAAGAGCUCGAGUGUGAUGUGUCGGUAGAGGAAGAUAACAGGCAGGAGUGGACCUUCACACUGUACGACUUUGAUAACAAUGGGAAAGUCACCCGGGAGGACAUAACCAGUUUGCUGCACACAAUCUACGAGGUAGUCGAUGCCUCUGUAAACCACUCUCCCAGCACCAGCAAAACACUGCGAAUGAAGCUCACUGUGGCCCCAGACUCCAUGCACAAGAGGAAAAACACGCCACAGAACCAUGCAGAUACUACAAGAACUGAAAGCAAAUGUACUGAAGAGCCAAAAAGUUCUGACAAGAACUCCCGGGCCCCCCAGAGGAGCCACCACAGUGACCACGCCCAACAGAAUGGCUGCUAUCGGCAUUGCGUCGACGAGAACCUGGAGAGGAGAAACCACUACCUGGAUCUGGCCGGCAUUGAGAACUACACGUCGACGUUCGGACCGGGGUCCAAUCCUGAACCUGCUAAACCAGAGCACCAGUCUCGAGUGGUGAACCAAACCAGGUCUCGCUCCCAUGAGCCUGAAAACACUCCCUCCUCAUCCUCCUCCCACCCCCGGCGCUCCCAGACGCUGGACCCUGCCUCCGGCACCAAGGGGCUGGAGCUCCAGCAGAGACUGCGGUCCCAGGUGCUGGACCCUGCCUCCGGCACCAAGGGGCUGGAGCUCCAGCAGAGACUGCGGUCCCAGGUGCUGGACCCUGCCUCCGGCACCAAGGGGCUGGAGCUCCAGCAGAGACUGCGCUCGCAGGACUCUGGCAGGCACCUGCUGAGGUCUCCCAAGAUCCAGGGCAAAUACGCUGUGGUGGCCCCCUCUCAGCCGAGCGGAAGGGCUGUAAGAAACAAGGGCUUGACCUGCCAGAGCGCCCCACCCCCAGCGCCCUCCCAUCCAGCACAUGUUGGCCAGAACCUGCCCCACCUCCCCGUGCCCCAGCACACCCACAAGAGACACAAACAGAGGGCGAAGGAGGCAGCACAGCCGUACAAGUCCUUCCAGCCUCCCACGACGCUGCUGGAGAAGGAGAAGGUGCGGGACCUGCCUGCCCUGGUGUUGUAUGAAGGCCAUGUAGGGAAGGUGAUCCAGAGACAUGAACACCACCACCAUCACGAGCACCAUCACCACUACCACCACUUCUACCAGUCCUGAGCCCCGGCACAGCCCCGUCUCUGCUUCACACAGGAAAACAACAUGAAGGAAAGGAGCUUGACGGGGGUGUUGUUCGUGAUCGGUUCAUCGAUAUUCUUGCUUUGCACAUGUACAGCAGCGGAUUACCUGGGUGUAGCAUGGAACUGAAGCACAGAGAAUUUUAAAGGUCCAGACUACACUUUCUCUACCUUUGCAAAACGAUGAAGGGAUUCCAAGGACAGCUGCAAAUACUGUGCACAGACAAACCAAUCCAAACUGGUGAACCCGUCAAUCAAACUGGUGAACCCGUCAAUCAAACUGGUGAACCCGCUAAUCCAAACUGGUGAACCCUCCAGCCACUGCUCUGUGCAUCAGGGUCUGCAAGGAACUCUUUACCAGGCUCUGGACUGGAUCGGAUUAUUGGACCUCCCCUCCCCUUCCUGCACCCCUCUCUAAUCCUGUGAGGUGGUGGGAUCCCCCCUCCCCAUCCCUCUAAUCCUGUGAGGCGGCGGGAUCCCCCCUCCCCAUCCCUCUAAUCCUGUGAGGCGGCGGGAUCCCCCCUCCCCAUCCCUCUAAUCCUGUGAGGCGGUGGGAUCCCCCCUCCCCAUCCCUCUAAUCCUGUGAGGCGGCGGGAUCCCCCCUCCCCAUCCCUCUAAUCCUGUGAGGGCUGUGGGAAGCCAUUAAAAGCACUUCCUGGUGCAGUUGCUGUUGAAGAUUUGUUUGCCUCAGGAAGUCGGGCAUUUGUGAGAUACCUGAUACAGACUAACAUGAGCAAUUCCAGGACUUUCAUGAGGGGAAAAAGAAGAAAAACUCAGAAACAAAAAGCUGCUACCUCGAGUAUUCUAUUCAGAUGUGUUUUAUUUUCAUUAACGGAUUGUAAUGUGCUUUACUCUUCUGCAAUGUGUAUAUGUAGCCUUGUUGUGUUGUACUGCAUAACCUUUCUCUUAUUUUUAGUUGUGUCGUUAUACAUCAUUGAAACACUAACUGUACUUGUCAACAAUAUAUUAUUAUUAUUAUUAUUAUUAUUAUUAUUAUUAUUAUUAUUAUUUAUUUCUUAGCAGACGCCCUUAUACAGGGCGACUUACAAUUGUUAAAAAAUAUCACAGUACAAAGUAUCACAUUACAAAAUACUUUAUACAUACUUUAUUAGGGCUUUAUUACAUUUUAUUUAACACUCCAAACUGUAUCUAUUUUCUGACUCCAUUUAUCACGUGAAGCUGUUUCGAAGACCACUUACAGUACCCCUGAAUUAUAAGCAAUCAAACGGGCCUGGUGCACUAGUGAAUGAACGGAGGGCUUUAUUGAAUGCAACGAUGGCUUUGUUACUGUUGGCAAGUAUAAAUUCACUCUCAGGUACAUUUUGUUUCUCUUUUAUAACUGGUGUAAUUAUUUUAAGAUAUAAGAAUUUAAUAGCAGUGACUGUAGUCAUGUAUAUUUGGAAAAUGAAUGAACUAAUUGACUUUCCAGUGCCUAUAAAUGGAGUCCCACUAAGAAAGACAGAAACUGUACUGUAGCUGCUCGACCUGUCCCAGCAGGACACGAGGAGUUUGUCCAACAAAAACGGACAGAGCCCAAAUGUGUUUAUUUUGAGUGCUCAGUGUUAUGGCUAAACUAGCUUUCCCCUUAAGAUUAUUAUUAUUAUUAUUUUUUUUUUUUAAUGUAUUGUUCCAUUGGUCAAAUCUUGUGAUUUGUGGUUUUCUUUUUUAUUUAUUGUAUAGCACACAGCGCCACUAAGUGGAAGACUAUUGUAAUACCAUCUAUUUAUUUGACUUUGAUUUGUACUGCAGUCAAAAUGUGUAAUCCUGAUGCUAUACAACUACACCAGUAAAUAAAAAAUAAUAAUAAUACAGAUGUGUUCAGUUUGGCAGAAGACUUGUAUUCAAGCUGAUUUGUUGUGUGGACCCCAGCGCAGUAAUGAACCUCGGGGCUCUUUAUCUUAAACCAUCGAACUGUUCUGUUAAUAUACAGGUGCUGUCUGCUGCAGAUUGUAUACUUGUGUAAGAGGCAGUGUUGUGUGAUGCACUGCCGGUACGCAUUCUGUCCCGUUGGUGAGAUGCGAUGAGGUUAAAAACUCUAAAACCACGAAUGCAGGUGAACCCGACUCUCUUGUAUAGUGGUUAAGACACUCACUUACGGUGUGCAGGGUUGCACACCGACACAGCAGAACUGCUCUCCCAUCUUCCCUGUAGUAGAUGAGACACAGCAGGAUAAGAUAUAUUAAAUGGGCUGAUCAUCAAGACACAAUCUUGCUUGCUUAUAAUCUACUACCACUCGCAUACAAUAUCAUCAUCAUCAUCCUCAUCAGCAGCCAUUUCUGAAUCUACAGCACAGUAUUUAUUGACUUCUAACUUCCAAGUGCAUAGUGUGAAUCAUUAUUGUUGCACAGGUCAGGUUUUACACCAUCAUACCUUGCUUUUGUUUUUUACAUGAUUGCUAUUUUCAGUAUUAAGAUGGAUUUGAUUUAAACGCUUUAUGUAUUUAUUUAAUAGCAAGACUGUGCCAUGAGAAACCCCCUUGAUUGAAGUUGAAACGAGUUCCUGAAGCGUGUUUUUGUGUCCCUCUCCAUCUUCAAGCCCCAGUGGUGCAGGCAGCACAAUUCACUACACUGUGCUCCAGCCCUGUUCUAAAUUGUUUAAUUGAGCCAAUGAACCAGGUCCUGAUGUAGGUCAUUAUUUCAUUUUACCUGUUAAACCUGGGGUGGAAUGAAUGGCCCUCCAGGACUUUGAGUGGACACCCCUACUGUAGAGUAUAGUGUGGCCAAAAAUAUAUAUAUAUAUAUAUACUGUGUGUGUCUGUCUAGUAUGGUGCAUGGUGGGAGAGUGGAGUGAGUCGGUAGGUGUUUCUUUUUUUUUCCGUUUUUUGUGUUUGUUUGUUUAUGUGAAUAUUUUCUUUGUUUAAAGUAAUCUUGGUAAGUUUAAACAUUUUUUGCGGCCAGCAUGGCUGGUUCAGGUGGGUUUUUCCCCUUUGAGAGACUGACUCGAAAGCAUGGAGUCAAAGUAAUUACAGAAAGCUUUGUUUCUUUAGAGAAGUGUGUUUUUAGCGAUUGGCAAAAUAGUUGGAUAAGAAAACAUAAAGUGCUUCAAGAAUGAAUGGUUCAUUUGUGGCUUUUUUGAGUCAAACUGUUCUGGUAAAUAAAAUUGUUGAGAACGGAAUUGUUAUAAAUGAUUCCCUUGUUGCCGUUUCGCUGCUAGAGGUACUGGCAAAGAAAAGAAUUCUAUCAAACGAUUCUAAAAAAUGAUUUAAUCGUGAAUGAGUUAUCACGGGCAGAUUGUGUCAGCCCCCAAAAGAAUUCCGCUGGUAUGUAAAUCUGCAUUGUUAAAACAUGUAGUCUCCUUUUUGGAGGCAGCUGAGCCGAGUGGUGGUGUUUGGUGCAGGGGUGAACCGAAAUAAUAUUAAAUCUGUGGAGCUUAAAACAAAACGUAAAGUGCUCUGAGUAGUGCUGGCGUUGGAGCGGAAAAUCAGAACGUUGAUCGAGAGAAUGAGAGCGCUGAAAUCAAAGAUGGAGAGGCAGUGGGGCCGUGUAGGGGGGAACCAAAUGAAUAAAGCUGUGGAGCCUGAAAUAAAAAGUAUAAAUAAAGCUUUUGCUGUUGUGAGUAAAGUAAAGGAGGCAGAGGGUGGUAAAAUAGAGGGCGAGAUUCCUUCUCGGCGUAUUACUGGAAGUGAAGACGUUGGUGCAAGAUGACUCGCAUUUCAAGAAAUGUUUUAGUUUUUUUUUUGGAAAAAAUGGAGAGCUGGUAAAAAUUUGUUUUUGACUCCAACCCAUAUUAAGACAUAAGAAACAGUUAAUAGCAGAUCUUUUGGAUGCAAAAGUACAGGGGGCUCUGGUGAGGUCCAGGAUGCAAGGAUUGACAAAGAUGGACUCACCCACACAGUUUUUUUUCGAGUUGGAGAAGUGGCCAGAGAAAGACCAUUUACAAGUUAAGGAUCUGUGUAAACACCAGUUAAAUUUAUUAGAGGGGGAAAAAAGUAUGAAAUUUGUGUGAACGUUAAACAACAGGAAUUACUUAAAGCACUUCCAGAUACCCACUGGAGGGAAAGCCUGGGGGCAGGAGAGGAGGAUAAGCCAGCCUGGAGGACUUUUAUAUAACCCCCCCCCCCCCCCCUCUGUAAAAGAUCAGGGGAUUUGCAAAGGAGACUCUUACAUACAAUUUUGGCUGUUCAUGCACUGAUCAAUGCCCCCUCUGCCAGGAGAGAGAGAGACUGUCUUUCACUGCUAUAUGGAUUGUGAAAGGCUGGAUCUCUUGUUCAAUUUUUUAAGCAACCUUUUUUCAAAAUUGAAUUUAUCAUUUACAAAGACUAUAUUUUUAUUUUUGGUGUCAAAUAUACAAAAAAUUAGAAAGUAUUUGAUUCAGCUGGCCAAUUUUAUUCUAGAGCAGGCAAAAUUGGCCAUCUUAAAAAGUAGGAAAAGCCAAGUUAAAAAAAUGUUUAUCAAGACCUGGUAGAAGUGUUCAGGAUAUUGGUGGUUACUCGUAUAACUUUUGAGUUUAAAUUUUAUAAGGUGGUGCACGACUUGCUUAGUUUUGAGAUGUUGUGGCGUGUGAAUGGAACUCUUUGUGAGGUGGAGGAUGAGUCGGAAGAACUAUGUUUAAAUAUUUAAAUUGAUUUUUGUGUGUUUUACAUUUUUGUUAAAUAAUGUAAUGUAAAUGUUUACAGGUUGUUUUGAAUGUUUUAUUAAGUAAAUAAAUGUUUUUUAAAAAGUA